AACUAGGGUAUUUAAAAGAUGAAAAUGUAUCGAUUGGUAUUAUUGCCAAUUACAUUUGCAGAUACAUCUGGUAUAGCUAUUAUUAUUAUAUUAUUAUUUACAUUUACUGACUUUGACGACGAAUCAGCAAUAUGAAGUAUUUUGUAAUUAUCUUUGGUUUAACAUUCUUAAGUUUGACAUUAGCUGAACAAUACACGGAUAGAUACGAUGAUCUUGACGUAAACGAGAUCUUAGCAAACAAAAGGUUAUUGUCAACUUAUAUUAAAUGUGUAUUGGACAAGGGUCGCUGUACACCUGAAGGGAAGGAAAUCAAGUUGCAUAUAAAAGACGCUAUGCAAACUGGAUGUAAGAAAUGUACUGAAACCCAAAAAGUAAAAGCUCGUCAAGUUGUCGGACACAUUCGAGAACACGAGAAGACUUACUGGGAAGAUAUGAAGAAGAAAUAUGACCCCGGCGAUAAAUUCAAAGAAAUUUACGAGGCUUUUCUUAAUGCUGAGAACUAAAAACUUUGGUAUUGAUCAACAACUAAGACUUUAAUAAUAUAU